CCAUCCUUCUGCCCACAUCAAACUGGCUUGCCUGGUCUGCGACUGCUGAGCACGCCCGACCUCCACAGCGCCUCCAAGCCAUCGAGUCUCCGAUCGCCCUUGCCCGCCCGACUCCCACCCUCUCUCUCUCUCCGCCGCUGAUCAUGGACCCGACCGCCGAUUCCGUUGAAGCCUCGAGCAGCACCGUUGCCGAGCCGCAGCCAUCGGUCACCCCAGCCGCCCCACAGUCCGAGUGGGAUAAGCACUGGGAGAUUGUCACCAAGAACCCGGAGGACUUUUCGUCGUGGGAAUACCUGAUUGGUCUUGCUGAGCAGCCCUCUGCUGGGCCCAUCAGCGCCGAGUCGCCCGAAGCCGACAAGGCCAAUGUACGAAAGGCAUACGACCAUUUCCUGGCAAAGUUCCCCCUAUGCUUUGUCUACUGGAAAAAGUAUGCCGCGCUGGUGCUGCUUAUGGAUGGGCCGUCCAAGGCCGAGGAGGUCUAUGAACGUGCCGUCCAAGGAAUCCACAACUCGAUCGACCUCUGGAUCGACUACUGCGAGUUCAAGGCCCGCCACAGCACCGACGAGGAGGAGAUCCGAGGCAUCUAUGCCCGAGGUGCGGCUGCCGUCGGUCUGGAUUUCCUGAGCCAUCCGUUUUGGCUGGCCUAUAUCCAGUUCGAGGAGUCCAAGCAGAAACCCGGAAACGUCCUCACCAUCCUGGAAAAGACCAUCGCCACGCCUCUGCGCGACUACCAGCAGUUCUUUGACAAAUACACGCAAGUCGCCGCAGCUCUGCCCGUUAAGGAGCUCGUCUCGAGCGAGGAAUAUGCCCAAAUCGAAGGCGAAGUCCGCACCGCCACCCAGGACAACGAAGCCCCGCAGACGGACGAGGCUGUGGAGGCUGAAGUACGGCAGCGCAUCCAGGCGUCUCGUCUGGCCAUCUUCAACAAGAACCAGGACCAGAUCCGAAAGCGAUGGUCGUUUGAGUUCAUCAAGCGCACCUACUUCCACGUCAAGUCCCUCGACGAAGCCGCACUCUCCAACUGGCGGUCGUACCUCGACUUUGAGGAGCAGGAGGGCGACGCCGCGCGGAUCCGCGCUCUCUAUGAGCGGUGCCUUGUUCCUUGCGCCAUGUACGAAGAGUUCUGGCAGCGCUAUACCCGGUAUCUCGCUUCGCAGGGCGAUAUUGACGGCGCACGCGGCGCAUUUGUCCGCGCCACAACCAUUUUCCUGUCCCCUCAACGUCCUCUCGUGCAUCUUGCCUAUGCGGCAUUCGAGGAAGAGCAGGGGCAGAUCCAGGAGGCCCGUGCCGCCUACAAGCGUCUGAUAACUGCAGUCCCUGGCCAUGUCGAGGCCACCAUCAAAUUUGCCCAGUUCGAGCGCCGCAGUGGCAAGAUUGAGGACGCCGAAGAAGUCCUGAGCUCGGCCAUCAGCAAUACAGAGGACGCCAAGCUCCAGGCGUACUUUACCGUGUACAAGGCCAAGCUCGCUGCUCAGCACAAGCUGGACAAUGAUGCCGCCCGCCAGAUCUACGAGGAGGCUUCGUCCAAAUUCCUGAACAGCAAGUUCCUCUGGACCAACUGGCUGCUCUUUGAGAUCCACCAAACGAGCGACUCGGCCCUGAGCUACUCCAAGGUUCUCUGGGAGGCGAUUCAGACCCGAUCUACCCUGUCGAGCGAGGAGAAGGGGCAGUUGGGCCAACGAUACCGCGAGUUCUUGCUUGAACGAGACACCACCAUUAGUGCCCUGAAUGAGCUGGAGCGCGAGCUCUCGACCUUGAUCAAGCCGACGUCCUCCUCGACAUCUCCUGGAUCUCGCAAGCGACCCAUCGAGGACUCUGGCCAUUCGCACUCGUACAAGCAGCACCGCACAGAUGAGCACGAGCAUUCGGCCUCGGCCUCGUCUGCUCCUGCAUCGGGGUACUACGGCUCCUGGGGCGGCCAGCAGGGCCAGCAUGGACAGCAGGGUUACGGUGGUGGCUACGGCGGCCAGUCGCAGGGACAGGGUCAGUCAUACUCUGGCUACGAUCAGUACGGCCACGGUGGCUCGUACUAAGAGUUCGCCAGACCCGUUAGACAUGAAGAGCGCUACGAACACACAGCUCUUCCAAGAGGCAGUGGGGGCUAUUGAUUCAUCAUCAUUGCCGUUACUGUCGCCAGUGACCGACAACAAGCUAGUUUUGGGCAGCAUGGCCCUGAGUCCGUGGGUCCGUGGGGCCGACUUGCAUAGACAAUGAUCGCUGCGUACUGAUGUCAUUUGGACUGCGUCGAUGCUGCAAUGCCGGAUUGCAAUACUGCCCAAUAUAUGAGAAUCGGCCUGUGGAUGUUGCUCGUGGACACACUGGGGCCAAGACAUGGC